AAAAACUAUAACACCCAACACUAGCUCUAAUAAUUUAAUAAUACUAAUAAUAAUUAUUAAUAUAUAUAAUUUAUUAUUAUUAUGUAUUUAAUAACAUAUAAUAAUAAUAUUAAUUUAUUAAUAUUUUAUUAUUAUGUAUUUUUAUUAUUAUUAUUUGCUAAAAACACACAUGCAUACAUACAUCGACACACUUGAUACUGCUCAGGGAAAUAUUGCUAAUAAUGAAAAUAUUUUUUUAUUUUAUUUCUAUUUAUAUUUUAUUACUAUAUAUUAUUAUUAUUAGAUUAAUUAUUAAAUUAAAUAUUAAAUUAAUUAUCAUAGCUAUUGUUGGGUGUCAUAGUUUUGAAUAUUAUUAUUAUUAAAUUAUUAUAGCUAUUGUUGGGCGUCAUAGUUUUGAAUAUUAUUAUUAUUAAAUUAAUUAUUAUAGCUAUUGUUGGGUGUCAUAGUUUUGAACAUUAUUAUUAAAUUAAUUAUUAUAGCUAUUGUUGGGUGUCAUAGUUAUGAAUAUUAUUAUUAUUAAAUUAAUUAAUGGUUAUAGCUAUUGUUGGGCGUCAUAGUUUUGAAAGUCCAAACUCUUGGAGAUCAAAGGGCCCCAAUAUGACCCUCCCACCCAAAAAAGUCUGCAUGGAUUCAUUCAUUGAUUCAAGGGUGUACUGUUUUGCAGGAACAUGUUCCCUCCGAACCUUGUGGAGGCUUGCACCAAACAGGUAACUUGAAAUACAGUAGUUUGUACAAAUAAUAAAUAAAAAAAACACGUAGCGGUUGUAGCACUAGUAGUAGUGAAAUACACUCUUUCUUGUCUUGCCUUCAUUUCCCAUUACUGAUAUUUGUUUAUGUGACACUUUUUUGGGGUGAUUUUCAGUGAAUAAAUGUAGAUAAAUGGCAUUAAUUGAUUGUAUCAUGGCUACCGGUGCUUCUGUUUGCUCCAUCAUCAAGCAGGAGUAAAUGAGUAGACAUUUUCAUGAAAUGGAAAAACAAUGUCCCGCUGUCGGAACGUGCCACAUGGUGAAUAAGGAAGCGCUUUUGCAAGUGUUGUGCAACUAUGCUUGGAAUUGUUUUGUUUCAUAUGCUUUUCUUUACAGAUGUAGUCAUUUCACUAGAGUCAUAUCCCGAGGAUCACCAAGGCACUGUGAAUACAUGUUCAAGACGCAGUACGCUAAGAGAGUAGUCCACGUCAAGCUGACGGUGAACGAUUCCCUGUUCGCGCUCAACGGGAGCCAGCUGAUCAGCAGGGAGGAGAUGAUCCCCGUGCCGGGGGCGGUCAAUGGGGUCAACGCUCUGGGCCUGGUGGUGUUCUCCAUGUGCUUCGGUUUGAUCAUCGGGAGCAUGCGGGAACAGGGCCAGCCUCUGAGGGACUUUUUCGACUGUCUCAAUGAGGCCAUCAUGAGGCUGGUGGCCAUAAUCAUGUGGUACGCCCCCAUCGGUAUUCUGUUCCUGAUUGCGGGUAAAAUAGUAGAAAUGGACGACAUCACGUCGAUGGGCGGCCAGCUGGGUAUGUACACGGUGACCGUCAUCUGCGGCCUGCUCAUCCACGCCAUCUUCGUCCUGCCCACGCUCUACUUCAUCGUCACUCGAAAGAACCCCUUCAUCUUUAUCGCCGGCCUGCUGCAGGCCCUCAUCACCGCCCUCGGAACGUCAUCCAGUUCGGCCACGUUGCCCAUCACGUUCAAAUGCCUGGAGGAGAACAACAAGGUGGACAAGCGUGUGACCCGUUUUGUGCUUCCUGUGGGCGCCACCAUAAACAUGGACGGCACUGCUUUGUAUGAAGCGCUGGCAGCCAUUUUUAUCGCUCAGGUUAAUAAUUACGACCUCAACUUCGGACAGAUUCUCACCAUCAGUAUCACAGCCACAGCAGCCAGCAUCGGAGCAGCUGGAAUUCCCCAGGCAGGGCUGGUUACCAUGGUGAUAGUGCUAACGUCGGUGGGCCUGCCAACUGAUGACAUCACGCUCAUCAUUGCGGUGGAUUGGUUCCUGGACCGAUUGCGCACCACCACCAAUGUUCUGGGAGACUCCAUCGGCGCAGGCAUCGUGGAACACCUGUCCCGCCACGAGCUGACUCGAGACCCGGAGACGUGCAACUCGGUGGUGGAGGAAGCGGAGAAGAAGCCCUACCAGCUCAUCUGCCAGGAACACGAGUACGAGAACGAGAGGCCUGUCGAGAACAUGACCAAAAUGUAGCGGAUAUUUUGCUAUUCGUGGAACGACCAAGAGGGUAGAGACUUUUUCAUACGAGCCAAGGACAGGACAGUGGAAAAGUGGGUUUUUUUUUUCGCAUGAUAAUGCCUUCAUAGUUAAGUCCUUGCAUCUUCUCCAUCAGCAUGGUCGCCGUAAGUCACGUUUCCACUGAGCAGUACAGUUUGUUAUUCAUUUUUAGGGGCCUGACGUCAAUCAUUACAGGAUGUGCAAAAAAGUCUCAAGAACCCAUCAUAACAAAACUAACAGGAAGUCGGACAUUUUGAAACUAGUCUGUUUCAUACAAUGUGGGCGGGGAAUAGCAACUAAAUUUGAUCGUCACUCAAAUGUAAACAAUAAUAAGUCAAUUCCACAAGAUCGGAUCUUCAUCAUGAUUGGUACAUACGAUGAAGAUAUACAUUGGUUACUUCCUAAAUUUGUCUCAGUGCUACGAGUAUUAGGGCCAAACGGAUAAUAAAUUAAAAAAAAUUGCUGAGAUUUUCAGAAUAAAGUUGUAAAUUUAUGAGAGUAAAGUCACACAUUUAUGAGGAAAAAGUCGCAAAUUCACAACACCAAAAGGUUGUACAUUUAUUAUUAUGAGAUAUCAAUAUUAAUUAUUAAAUAAAUAUUAACAAUAAAUAUCAAAAUAAAUAUAUAAAUAUAAAAAUAAAAAUAUAUAAAUAUAAAAAUAUAUAAAUAUAAAAUAAAUAAAUAUAAAUAAAUAGUAUUACAUAAAUAUAAAAUAUAUAUCAAUAUUACGGGAAUAAAGUCAUAAAUUAAUGAGAAAAAAGUUGCAAAUUUACGGGGAAAAAUAAGUUGUAAAUUUACGAGAAUAAAGUCACAAGAAAAAGUCGCAAAUUCACAACACCAAAAGGUUGUACAUUUAUUAUUACGGGAUAUAAAUAUGAUAUCAAUAUUAAUUAUUAAAUAAAUAUUAAAAAUAAAUAUAAAAAUAAAUAUGUAAAUAUAAAAAUAAAUAAAUAUUAUUACAUCAAUAUAAAAUAUAUAUCAAUAUUACAGGAAUAAAGUCAUAAAUUAAUGAGAAAAAAGUUGCAAAUUUACGGGGAAAAAUAAGUUGUAAAUUUACGAGAAUAAAGUCAUACAUUUAUGAGGAAAAAAAAGGCGGUGUUUUUUUUUUUUUUACCAGAAAAAAAGGUUGUACAUUUAUGAUAAAUAAGUUUUUUUUUAUAUUUCAGGAAUAAAGUAAUAUUUACAAGAACAAACAUAAAAAUUUCUUCACAAGAUUAAAAAUUGAUGUUGGGAGUGACCAGGAUGGAUAGGAUCAAGAAGGCAAUAUCAUUACAUCUUUUUUUCUUGUAAAUUUACAACUUUAUUCUUGUAAAUGUAAGACUUUUUUUCUGGGAAAUGUAAAACUUUGUUCUCGUACAUUUACAUCAUUCUCGAAAUCUGAUUUCUUUUUCUAUUUUUAAAUAUAUUUUUUUUAAUUUUAUUAUUUUUAUUGUUUUCCAUGAUGCAAAGUUGAUAAGGUGACUAUAAUAUGUUCUAUAAUAUGGUACCCAAUGCUGCAACGUACUGUGUUAAAGCGACAUGGAAGUGUAGCAUACCAAACUGUACCAGCAUGGUGGAAACGUGGCUUUUCAACUGUGAUGACUCAUCUCUACCACUAGAGGCCACUGCUGCUCUUGAGUCCUAAACACUUGCAGCAGACUUACAGCACAAACCUGAAGUUUCCCUGGCAACUUAGAGGCACUUUCACUCUUCACAACCAAUGUAGUGUUGGAUGUUGUGCACAUAUACUGUGAACAGGCAGUCUUUUUUGGGUUACAAGUGGCUUUAUUUUCUAGAGAUGAACUGGAAUUGUGUAUUCAACCAUCACACGGAAACACAGACACCCAAGUAUCAGUCGUGUUUUGAGAAUUCUGUUACCAAAUCAGUUUUUUUGCAUAUUACUUUAUACAAAUCUGCCAUGAAUAUGAUCCUGUUUGGAGGAAUACAUUCAUUUGCCUUUAGUUUUCUCAAUUGGGGGAUUAAAUUCAGCUCUUUUGUAUUUUAACAUGUUCUUUCUCAUACCCAUAAAUUUUUUUUUAGUUA